AUAGUAAAUUGUCAGAUGAUCUAUGAGGGGUCCGUUUCAGAAAGAGAUUUUCGUAUACGGUGCCGGAUCCCGUCAGUCUCUUUUGUGAUCCAAAAUUGGCAACAAACGUGUGUGGCGACGGACUCGACUGGCGUGAGAAAUAAACUUGUGAUCAUCAAGAUGACUGAAGGAGAGACCACUACAGAGACCCCGACCUCGGGAGCAGAGCCAGUUGAUGAGGAGGUUCUGACAAGAUUUGAGGAGAUGUUUGCCUCUAGAUUCACAGAUGCAGAUGAAAUGUUCCAAGAAUACAUGAAUACAAACAAAGAAGAACGAGUUCCACCUAUCUUAAACCAUUACCAAGUCAUGAAGCCCAGAAAUCAAAGAGGAUUCGGUCGUGGCGGCUACAACAACAGGCGAGGAAUGAAACGUCCAUAUGAUGGUCGCGAUGAAUGGUACGGUAACGACGGCAGAGGGAGAUGGCAUCAAGAGAACUACAACAGACAAGGUGGUGGAUGGGGCGGUGGUUACAACAGAGGAGGCUACGGUGGAGGAGGGUACGGUAACCAAGGAGGUUACGGAUAUAACCAAGGGUAUGGAAACCAGAGGUAUGGUAGGGGAGGGUAUGGUGGUGGUGGUGGAGGAGGUGGAUAUGGGGGAAGGGGAGGAUAUGGAGGCGGCUACGGCGGCGGAAGGGGUGGAUACCAAGGUGGUUAUCAGCAACAGGACAGAUCAUGGGGUGGCAACCGUGGUGGAAGGUUCCAAAGAGGAGGUGGACAACAGAGGAAGUGGGAAGAUUAUUGAUUUUUAAUGUAGGAAUCCUUUGUCAUUUUUCCCCCUUUUUCGGGGGGGGGGGGGGGGGGGUCUGAGGAAUAGUUGGCUUGUGAUUGUACAUGUAUAAUAAAACCGAAAAUAGAACCGUAAUGGUGGUCAUAUAAUGGCCUAACACUGAGCAUGUCACCAAGAAUGUAUCGCUUUUAAUGUGACAGUGACAAAUUAGUUGUCUUUAAAAAAGUUAAAGAUCUUAGAUGUUGAGGAGAGAGGGAAAAUGCCAUGGCAGUAAUAACAGUUUGUCUUUUGUGAUGCUGGUUUUACUUUUAAAUUAACACUUUAAUGCUUUCCUUUAUGGAGACAGUUCACAUGUAGAUGUGGUCUGGAUACCAAGUGAGAAAAUUUUCUGGUCAUUAAACUUCUCUGCAAAGUUUAGACAAGAUCUUGUUACUCCAGUGAUUAAAUAUAGGACUAGGAAGGUUGUCAUCUGUAUUAGGUUUGAGACAAGGACUCUGAUAGUUAUACUUACAAUGUGGUUAUGCUCGAUUUGUCAUUACAUGUAAACUGCAGGUGUUGGGUCUCUGUGAGUCUGAGAUAAUAUUACAUAUUUUCAAUGGAAACUGUCCAGUUGUGAAAUUUAAAAAUGCAUGCAUUUUCUCACCAAAAAGUGUAAAGAAGGUUUUGUUAGGAAACAGUGUCCAUUAAUUUAAGCAUGAUUUAUCCCAUAUUUGCAAUAUUUUACUGCACUGUUUAUUGCUUGAUGUUUAAAUGUUGAUUGGUAUGUUACACAGAAAAAAAACCCAAGAAGCCCAUCGGAAUGAAAUUGAAAUAGCUACAACAUUUGAACCUUAGUCAACAUUUUGUAGCAUACUCAUUACUGUGAGAAAAGCUCUCAAUAGAAAAUACCAUGAUGUCCACAUUAUACAUGAUCUUCCUGAGGCUUAGAAAAGAACCAAAUCUUGUAUUUGUAUGUUUAACACAUUUUUAAAAAUCCAAUCCUAUUUAUUCUACUUCAUUAAUGUACAUGUAUUAUGAUAAAAAAAUGUCUGUAUUUUAAACAUGUAUUCUGAUCGUGUAAGAAACUUAAUUUAGUGUUAUGUACAUUGAGGAAAAUGUCUGUGGUUGUCUACUUUUUAAAUGCAAAUUUUUUUACAAUAAUCAGCACUUUAAGAUAGGACCUGCAUUUUAUUUCUGGGUAAAAUAGUGCAGUUGAUAUGUAUAGUAUCUACUGUAUGUAUGCAUACUUUAAUAUUUUCCCCAGAAUGGCAUUAUAAGAUGAGCCAGUUCAAUACAUGUAUUUUUCUUGGAUAAUUCUUGAUUUCAUCCUAUGUAACAUCCGACAAAGUUAGGAAUUAUCCAAGAAACGUUAGUACAAUGUAGCAGGCCUCUACAUAGACAUUGAGCAUUCAGCUCAUUUUUUCUUCAGUUUUGAGAAAUGCAUGUCAUAAAAAUUUUCCUUUACUUUUUUCAGUAUCACAUUAGAGGUGUAUCAAGAAAUGCAGUCCCCAAAGUCUGCUGAUUUGUGAAAUAAUUUGCAUUCUUUUACGUAUUCCACAUAAUUUUUGUUUACAUAUAUGUUUUAUUUUGAACAUGUCAACCUGGAUGCAAAUGAAUGUACACCAUCUUAAUUACAUGGCACAGUUUAUUAUUACUGAAUGAGAAACAAUGUGCUAUAGCUUAAUUUCAUUUCAAUUCUAAACGUUUGCUUGUUGUCCAGUCAGUUUAAUGAGGUUGAUUUUAAUGGUUUCUGUGUACGUGUUUAAAUAUCACAAUGCUUUAUGUAAACUUUCUAUUAUCUUCAUCAAAAGACAUGUGAAAUCAAACAUAUCAUGAAGGCUAGCACAAGCCUUUGAUCAUGUUGAUCAUGUUAGUCACUUUUUAAUAUACAUCUUACGAUGCAUUUUGUAAUUUACAUGUUUAUUUUUUAUUAAAAGGGUCAAUAUACAUUGUAAUCAAUCACAAGUGGUUGCAACAGAGGUUACAGAAUCAAUCGUAAAUCUUUCACAAGAGGGAUCAGUAGUACAUGUAAGAUGUCCAUCUUUAAGAGAAACAAUUUGUUUUGUGAAACGUAGUUGCAAAUACCCAAUAAUUUACUUUUCCAUUACAACUUCAAUAUAGCAAAGAGUACAUGUACUUUUCAGCCACAUUCCUGGUUAUUUUGAAUUGUUAGAAAUUGAUGAAUAAAAGAAGUUUU